AAUACAAGUAGUCAGCAGUCUCCAAAGAGUUGGACAGAGUGAUAAUAAGGACGAAAUUUCUUCUCCCCUUUGGUCAGCUGAAAGCCUUUGAUUCCUUUUUUAGGGUUUGCAAUUUCCUGAAUUAGGGUUUCUCUGUAUCAUCAAUUUUUUUUUAAAAAACGACCUUUUCUAAUUCUAGAGUAACUUAACCAUGAAAUUAAAGUUGAGAAUAUCCCAAUUCCAUCUCCUAAUUCUGCUAUUUGCAGUCAUUUUUUUCUCCUUUACUGUCAGUUCACACGGUUUAAAGCCACUGCCUUCCCAUCAGGAUGAUGAAGAUAUCUGUCCUAGAACGCAACUAACUACGGAUUCUUGCCCCAUUAACUGUUUCCGACCCGACCCGGUUUGUGGCGUCAACGGGGUAACAUACUGGUGUGGCUGCCCCGAUGCUCAUUGUGCUGAGGUCCGUGUUGCCAAGUUAGGGCCUUGCACUGUUGGAAAUGGAGGGUCCGCUUCUGUUCCGGGUCAGGCCCUCCUCUUGCUUCAUAUUGUUUGGUUAAUGCUUCUUGGUAUUUAUUUUCUAGUCGGGCUUCUUUAAUUGAUUACAAGUUCUUUUUGUUGUUGUAUAUAUGAAUGAAAUUCACUAUUGGUUGGUUUCAGAUUUAUCAUUGUUUA